CCCAUCACCGGCCGACUAGCUUCCUGCUGCUUAUACAAACUGAAUGGAGAGCUUCAUAUACCUUCAUGUUCUGACCCUUCUCCUUUUCAUCAACCUUCUCCAACCUACUACUGUUGUAAGUUCAUUUGGCAAUGAAACCGAUCACUUGGCUUUGCUCAAAUUCAAAGAAUCCAUAGUCGCCGAUCCACAAGGGUUGUUGAACUCAUGGAAUGACUCCGUUCACUUCUGCAAAUGGCAAGGAAUUACUUGUGGCAGACGGCAUCAGAGAGUAACAGCCUUGAAACUACCAGAUGGUGACUUGCAUGGAACCAUAUCACCUUACAUUGGCAAUCUCUCAUUUCUCAGGACCUUCAACCUUUCAAACAACAGCUUCUCUGGCAAGAUCCCGCAACAAGUUGAGCACUUGCUCCGACUGCAACAUCUCAAUAUAAGUGUCAACCUGUUUGAGGGGGGAAUUCCAGUCAACCUGACCUUCUGCUCGAAAUUAAGCAUCAUAAGCCUUGGAAGAAACCGCCUCAGUGGUAAAAUUCCUUCAGACAUUGGCUCGUUGAUGAAGCUUGAGUUUCUUAGUCUUCAAGUAAACAAUCUAACAGGAGGCAUCCCUCCUUCCUUGGGAAAUCUUUCAUCACUCAUACACCUUUCCAUCACGGCGAACAAUUUGGUGGGCAACGUACCAGAGGAGAUAGGACGACUGCAAAGGUUAUCUUUAUUUUACAUCUCUGACAAUCAACUCUUCGGUAUGAUUCCUCCCUCCAUUUUUAACAUAUCAUCCAUGGAAAGCUUCUCACUUGGGGGCAAUGAGUUUAGGGGCAGUAUUCCGCUCGCCAUAGGCAUAAACAUGCCGAAUCUCCGAGAAAUGUUUUUUGCUAGAAAUGAAUUCUCCGGGCAAAUACCAGAUUCACUUUCCAAUGCUUCUCAGCUUGAAGUAUUUGAUAUUGUCGGAAAUAAAUUUGUGGGGCAAGUUCCAGCAAGUUUUGGAAAUCUUCCGGAACUUCGGUGGCUCGGUUUAACUCUAAAUAGUCUAGGAAGUUAUUCAGUCAAUGCCUUGGGUUUUAUAACAUCCUUGACAAAUUGCACCAAACUAAGACGUCUUUAUUUGGAUCACAACAAAUUUGGAGGUGAUUUACCCAACUCUUUAGCCAAUCUGUCAACCACUCUGACUGAACUCUUACUUGGAGGCAAUCGAGUAUCAGGAGUGAUUCCUGCAACAUUAGAAAAUCUCAAAAAUUUAAUAGUCUUGGGCCUCAAUGAGAACUUGUUAACAGGUGUCAUUCCUACCUCUCUUGGCAAGUUACAAAAGCUGCAAGGAUUGGGUUUACAUAAAAACAGAUUAUCAGGAGAGGUCCCUUCUUCCCUGGGAAACCUUACUCAAUUGUUUUCCCUCCGCUUAACAACAAAUGAAUUAGAAGGAAGCAUUCCACCAACUAUUAGAUAUUGCAAGAAUUUAUAUGAGAUAAACAUUUCAAAGAAUAGACUUAGUGGAGAUAUACCACCAGAAAUUAUUGGCCUUUCCUCACUUGCAUUUCUCGACUUAUCGCAAAACUCACUAACUGGCAGCCUGCCUGUUGAAGUCGGUAAGUUGAAGAAUAUCUAUCAAUUGGACAUCUCUGGAAACAAUCUGACAGGAGAAAUUCCAGAAACCAUUGGGGAAUGUCAGAGCCUUGAAUAUUUUUACCUACAAGGGAAUCUAAUUCAAGGUACAAUACCUUCUUCUUUGGCUUCUCUGAGAGGUCUUCAGUAUCUAGAUCUUUCACAAAACAACUUGUCAGGACAGAUUCCAAAAGAUCUAUGGAGACUUCCAUUCUUGAUAUAUUUGAACCUUUCGUCCAAUAAACUGGAGGGUGAGGUACCGAAAGGAGUUUUUCAAAACAGAAGUACAAUAUCGUUGGAUGGAAAUACCAAACUUUGUGGUGGUGUUUCGGACUUGCAGCUACCAGCAUGCCCCAACAAUGUACCAAAGCAGAGAAAGUUGCAUGGUUUCAAAUUAAAGUUCACAAUUUCUUUAGCUGCUGGAUGCUCUCUUCUGUUUGCGGUCAUUUUAGCUCUUUAUUGGAGGGAAAAAGCUCAAAAGAAGAAACCAUUAUCUGUAGUGUCAUCAAUCAAAUUCCUUUCAAAGGUUUCAUACCAGACACUUCAUCAAGCUACUGGCGGAUUCUCUCUGAGCAAUCAAAUUGGAUCAGGCGGUUUUGGCUCUGUAUACAAAGGGAUUCUUGAUCAAGAAGAAAACAAUGUUGUUGCCAUUAAGGUCCUCAACCUUCAACAGAAAGGAGCUUCCAAGAGUUUCAUGGCAGAAUGCAAUGCACUAAGAAAUAUCCGGCACAGGAAUCUUGUGAAAAUCUUAACAUGUUGCUCCAGCUCAGAUUACAAUGGUAAUGACUUCAAAGCUCUAGUUUUUGAGUAUAUGUCAAAUGGAAGUUUAGAGGAGUGGCUGCACAGAGAAAACCAAUCAAGGAGCUUGAACCUUCUUCAAAGAUUGAAUAUUGCUAUUGAUGUGGCGUCUGCGUUGUGUUAUCUUCAUGACCAUUGUGAACCACAAAUCAUUCACUGCGACAUGAAGCCAAGCAAUGUUCUUCUUGAUGAUGACAUGGUUGCUCGUGUAGGUGAUUUUGGGUUAGCAAGACUCAUCUCAACGACUGUGGACUCCUCUCAAAAUCAAAGUAGCUCAAUUGGGAUAAAGGGAACCAUUGGCUAUGCUGCUCCAGAGUAUGCUAGUGGCGUUGAGCCAUCAAGAAAAGGGGAUGUAUAUAGUUAUGGGGUUCUCGUGUUGCAAAUGUUCACAGGAAGAAGACCUAUUGACGAAAUGUUUAGAGAGGGUUUGAACCUCCAUAACUUUGUCAAGAUGGCCAUACCAGGAAGAUUAAUGCAGAUUGUGGAUCCUGCUCUUCUUGCCAGUUUAGAAGCGACAACAAAUGCAACAGCACACAAUGAAGUGAACUACAUCAGUGGUUACAACAAUGAAAUCGAAGCAGAUGAAGAAAACAAUGACAAUGAGAAUUUAAGCAAGAUGAACACAUACGUGUGGAAGUGCAUACUUCCAACCCUUAAGAUUGGACUUGCCUGCUCGGAAGAAUCACCAAGGAAUAGGAUGUCUAUGGAGGAGGUCCACAGGGAGCUACACCAUAUUCAAAAUGCUUACACUAGUGUUGACAUCCAUCGAGAGAGGCCAAGAAGAAGCUAAUUAACAAGAGUAUGGCAUGGGAAGCGAGGUGUCAAUAUUCUAAGUUGUACUACCGGAGAUGUCUACAGGCGAGAUAAUAUCUUAAUAGUGUGGAAGAAAUAAGUUGUAGCUACUAUAAAUUGUGAGAGCUUCAUUUUGAUUUCUUGGUAAUGAGUUGUUUGUUGUGUAGAUUUCCCCUAAGAUUCGAUCGAGACUAACAAUGUUGUAGCUUAAGUAAUAAGUGAAGCAUGUAAUUCAAUUGGAUUUCUGAGAAUU